AUGUCAGAGAUGUCCCAAGAAAAGAAAAAGAAAUUGUUUAUUUUAAAGAAAUUUGAAAAUCCUUCUCCACCCAAAGAAAGAGAUCAAACUUAAAAUAUAUUUAAUGGUAACUUUUACAUUUAUAUUAAGGAGAGCAACUUAAAUUUCUUCAUGGUAUUUUAAUAUAUUUAUUAAAUUCUCAGUUGCUUAGUAAUAAAAUUUACAAUAAAGAUAAGUUGUAGGGAAACUCGAAUAAUUUUUGAAAUUAAAAGAAUAAAAUGAAGUAACUUAAAAAUAAUAAAACACAUAAUACAAUACAUCUAAUAUUAAUAAAAUGUGUGCUAAAAGAAUAACUCUAAGAAAUUCCUCUCAGAAAUCUCUAUUAGUUAGUUCUGAUAUUAAUUAGGAUUAAAAAUUUAAAAAAUAAAAAGAUUAUCAAAUAGUUUCUCAGUAAUUUUUAUUAGAUAUUGUAAAAAAGACAGAAGUAUCAUAAUUAAUCAUAAUAGGAUAGAAUAAAAAUGAAUUGUGAGAUUGAAGAAGAUUUAAGAAAACUAAAUGAUAAGAGUAAUUAGCUUAGAUAAACCAGAGCAUUAACUAAAUUUCAAUUAUAAUAAUAAAUCUGGGAAUAAUAAGUAGAGGAAGCUGCAAAAAAAUCGAAAAAAUAUGAUUAUGAUUCUGUAAUAAGAAAAUCAACUUGUAUUAAGUUUAAAUUUAUAGUAGUAUUUCGUGAAAAAGUUGAAUAGAUUGAACAUCAUUAAGCCCGAAAAUAAUUAGAAGGUACAGCAAGGGCUUAAGAAUGGUAUAUGACAUUAAGAGAUAAUUUAGGAAACUCUCGAUAAUUAUCUUAAGAAGAUAGAGAAUAAAAAAGAAAUGCAUAUUAAGAUCCAUUUAAUUAAAACACUUAUUAUGUAGAUUCAUCUCAGAAACCAAUUGAAAUAAUUAGAAAUUAAUAAUUAUCAAAUUCUGUCUCCAAAAGUGGAUUUAGAAGAAAUAGCAGUUUAAGUCAAAUAAAUAUUUUCAAAUUACCUCUCCAUAAAACUAUUCAAACAACAGGGGAUGACCUUUAUAAUUUAUAAAUUGAAGGAUAAAAUGUAUUAUAAAAGGAAAGUGAAUUAAUAAAGCAUUAUAACUCUAAUGAAAAGUUUAGACUUUAUAAUUUAGAAAAAGAAUGUGAAACUGAGAUGUGA